CAUCUCAUCCCAAAUCCCGAUAUCCCCAUCCGCUUCGACGCUCCGGGAGCCGAGGUCGUCGCGUCGCCUGCCCGCCCGCCAGCCCCAAUGGCGACCGCCUGCCCGCCGCUCUCGCUGCCGUCCACCACCUCCCUCCUCCGCAGGUCCGCCCGCGCCGGCCCUUCCCGCCGCCCCGUCCGCUGCAGCGCCGUCGGAGAGGCUGUUGCGGAGGCGGCGGUGGCCGGGACGGCGGACGAGCCGCUGCUGGUCAGCGCGAUCAGGGGGAAGAAGGUGGACAGGCCGCCCGUCUGGCUCAUGAGGCAGGCCGGGAGGUACAUGAAGAGCUACCAAAAUCUGUGCGAGCGAUAUCCUUUGUUCCGUGAAAGAUCUGAAAAUGUUGACCUUGUUGUUGAGAUCUCUCUACAACCAUGGAAGGUUUUCAAGCCUGAUGGAGUUAUCUUGUUCUCCGAUAUCCUUACUCCACUUCCUGGAAUGAACAUACCUUUUGACAUUGUGAAAGGCAAGGGUCCAGUGAUAUAUGAUCCCUUGAGAACAGCAGCGGCUGUGAACGAAGUCAGGGAAUUUGUUCCAGGGGAGUGGGUGCCCUAUGUCGGGCAGGCUUUAAAUAUACUUCGACAAGAGGUUAAGAAUGAAGCUGCUGUGCUCGGUUUUGUUGGAGCUCCGUUUACCUUGGCAUCUUAUUGUGUGGAAGGAGGUUCAUCAAAGAACUUCUCGAAGAUAAAGAAAAUGGCCUUCGCAGAGCCAGAGAUUCUACAUACUUUGCUACAGAAAUUCACAACUUCGAUGGCUAACUACAUUAAAUACCAAGCGGACAAUGGCGCACAGGCUGUGCAAAUUUUUGACUCAUGGGCUACGGAACUCAGCCCAGUUGAUUUUGAGGAAUUCAGCCUGCCAUAUCUGAAGCAAAUCGUGGAUUCUGUUAAAGAAACACAUCCUGACUUACCUCUGAUAUUAUAUGCAAGUGGAUCUGGUGGGUUACUGGAAAGGCUUCCGUUGACAGGCGUUGAUGUUGUUAGUUUGGACUGGACGGUUGAUAUGGCUGAGGGUCGGAAAAGAUUGGGAUCCAACAUAGCAGUUCAAGGCAAUGUGGACCCUGGUGUUCUUUUUGGAUCGAAAGAGUUCAUAACCAAGCGGAUUCAUGACACUGUGCAGAAGGCUGGUAAUGAAGGACAUGUAUUGAACCUUGGUCAUGGCAUUAAGGUGGGGACUCCUGAGGAAAACGUUGCCCAUUUCUUUGAGGUCGCAAAAGCAAUCAGAUACUGAAAGACCUUGGCUCUUGAAACUGUUCCUUUUUCCUAGUCGGCAGAAGUUGUAGAUUCCAUUCCACUGCUUGAGGAUAGAUGCAGGAAGCCACAUCUCUAGCAUAGGGUACGUGGAGAACACAUCUUGUUGUGACUGAUUCUGUGUUCUGCGUUUUGAUUUCCAUUUCAUUGUAAUCUUGUAAGCAUACACUAAUUGAGGUGUAAAAAAGUUCUUGUUUAUACCAUGUAUACUACUUCAAUCA